UGCAUAAAUAUGAGUGAUUUAUCUUUUAAAUUAAACAUAUUAGUAUGGUUUAAUCAAAGGCACUUGACAAUAUACUUGCUACACUAUAUUUCUAUGUAUCCCUCUAACAACACUUUUCAUAUUGUAUUGUCAUUUUAGAAAUGUCCCACUGGAAUUGGAUUCAUCAUGUCAGACCAGCAGUUUAAUGAGUCUUCGAAGAAUACAACCUAUGUGUUCUCUGGUCUGGACCUCCUCUUCAAUCUGAAACCUCUCUUCAUCCCCCUUUAUGCUUUGGUGGUAACUGUAGCAUGUCUGGGAAACUGUGUUUUAAUCCUACUCAUUGCCUUUACUAAGAAGCUUCACAACACUACCAAUUUCCUAAUUGGUAAUCUGGCUGCAGCCGAUCUAGUUAUGUGCAUUUUCUGUGUUCCCUUAACAGCCUCCUAUGCAUUUGAGGUCCGGGGGUGGCUCUUUGGAGAGUUCAUGUGUCAUUUUGUCACCUUAAUGCAAGCUGCUACUGUCUUUGUGUCUGUUUUGUCACUGACUGCUAUUGCAAUAGACCGCUAUGUUGUAGUAGUUUACCCCAUCAGAAGGAGAAUAGGAUGUAAAUCAUGUGUUUAUAUUGUCACUGUGAUCUGGCUGGUUUCCAUUGGAGUGUCUAUGCCUACAUCUAUCCGUACUCAUUACCUGGAUCUCAAGGAGGUUGGUCACGACAUGAUCAUUUGUGAAGAAUUCUGGACACACUAUGAAAAGCAGCAGCUUUUGUACUCUUGUACAAUGCUUCUCUUAUCCUACAUGCUACCAUUGUCCGCUGUCACUAUAUCUUACUGUGCCAUCGCCUAUCACCUGAAGAAGAGAAAUGUACCUGGGGCUACAUCACACAACCAAGAUAAGUGGUCCAAAAAAAAGCAAAAGACUUUCCGUAUGCUGAUAAUCUCAGUCAUGGCUUUCGCCAUAUGCUGGCUUCCUCUUCAGGUGGUCAACUUUAUCCGAGAUAUUGAUGAAGACUUUGCCAUUCUAGAUAAGAAUUACAUUAACAUCAUCCAGGUGACCUGUCAUCUAAUUGCUAUGAGUUCUGCAUGCUAUAACCCAUUUAUUUAUGCCUCGCUCCACGACAAGUUCCGUUUUCAUCUCAGGAACUAUUUUUAUCAUCACAAAAAAAGAGCCAGCACUAUGUCAAGCAAGAAUUCUAGACAUAACACGUGUUCUACGCUGGCUGACAUUCCCAUGGUUAUUUCAGAUAAGAUGACGCUACAAGGGAGAUUUUCCUUUAACUAAAAGCUUUAUUGAACUGUUGAUAUCGAUGCAAAUGUCCAUACUGUUUUACAGCAAUGUGAGCUCUUUGUAACCUGAUGUGUGAGUCAUGGCUACUGCUAGCCUUAUUGA